AUCAUGCAAAGGACUAAAAAGUGAGCAAAGGAUUUAAUUCCUUCCACUGCCCUCAAGAAGAAAUGGCUUGAGGGACAACACAUGCUUUAGAAGAAGAGACAAAUUUGCUUUUCUCCUUUUCUCUUCUUCUCAUCACCCAUUCUUUCUCUCUCUCUCUCUCUCUAUCCCUUAGUCUUUUUUUUUUCUCCAUUUUUCAAAAUUAAGGAGUAGCAGUAGAGGAGAGAGCAAGAAAGAAAGGAUUCAUUAAUGACUUGGUGCAAUGACAGUAAUGAUGUUCAAACCAUUGAAAGAAGCUCUCCAGCUCCUUCCAAUUCAACUACUGUUAAUCUUUCUCAAACACACAAACACAGCCUACUUAAAAGCUGCCCUUCUUGUGGUCACCAGAUCAAAUGCCAAGAUCAGGCGAGAAUCCAUGAUUUGCCAGGGCUACCUGCUGGAGUGAAGUUUGAUCCAACUGAUCAAGAGCUGCUUGAGCAUUUGGAAGGAAAAGUCAAGUCUGAUGCUCGUAAGCUUCAUCCUUUAAUCGAUGAGUUUAUCCCCACAAUUGAAGGAGAGAAUGGAAUUUGCUACACUCACCCACAAAAGUUGCCAGGAGUCAGCAAAGACGGUUUGGUUCGCCACUUUUUCCAUCGACCAUCCAAAGCAUACACAACAGGAACAAGAAAAAGAAGAAAGGUACACACAGACGCCGAAGGUGGCGAGACCCGGUGGCACAAAACCGGCAAGACUAGACCAGUUUUUGUUGGUGGAAAGGUGAAAGGAUACAAGAAGAUUCUAGUGCUUUACACCAAUUAUGGGAAGCAAAGAAAGCCAGAGAAGACCAAUUGGGUAAUGCACCAAUAUCAUCUUGGUAAUAACGAGGAAGAGAAAGAUGGAGAACUCGUGGUUUCCAAAGUUUUUUACCAAACACAGCCUAGACAAUGUGGUUCUUCCAUGAAAGACUCUCCUCCUAGUUCAAAAUUAAAGGGACAAAGUGGCCAUGAAGUUGCUAAUAGCCUUAAGAAUUCUACUCUUGUUCAUGAGUAUUAUAAUCCUUCUUUCAUUUCUUUUGAUCAGAGUAGCCAAACAAGAGUAAAUCCUCCACAACUGCUUCCUCAUUUUGCAGCCCAUGAUGGGUCUUCUUUCAUUCCUUGAAAAAUAAAAGCAGCAGAUGAUUUGGUGGUGGAGAGCACGAGUUCCAAUUAUUGUGGAAUUAAAGUGAAAUAAAUUACCAAAAAAGAAAAUUAAGAUUGUUAAAAUUAGGGCAAAAGGGAACAUGGGAAAGAGUAAGGUUUCUUUAGGUAAAGAGUAGAAGCCAUAGCUAAAACUUUUUCUUUUUGUUUCUUGUAAUUUGGGUUUUUUUGUGAACAUAUGAAUGGCUUUGUACAGUGUGAGGAAGAUGUAAAUUUCACAUGGGGUCAUGACCCUUUUUCUCCGAGCAUGUGUUAACUUUGGAAACUGUACAAAGAGGAUUCUUACCAUGAAAAUAUUCCAACUAGUUUUAUGCUUUUUAUUCGUUUCUUGCA